GUCAUUUGGCGAUUUUUGGGUGGAAUUGUCUGAUAAAAAUAUUUCCCAAUCAAUUUUCCAGAAAAUUCACCUCUCGCAGUAGAAAAUAAUAAUAAAUAAAGUGAUUUUGAUUGAGAGGAUCGAAUAAAACUGAACAAAAACAAAUUCUCUCUUCUCUUUUCUUCUUACCACGGUGAAGUUGCAACAACAAUCUUCCCCAAUUCAACCCAAGAAUAUUUCGUAAACACUUCACGGUGGUACAAUCAAAACAAACUUCCCUCAAAUUGUGUUUUUCUUGGAUUUUCUUUGAUUUUUGUGCGGAAAUACGCGGUGAAAUAGAAUGGCAGCAACGAGAGAACGUCGAUGCAAUGCUGGGAAUCGAAUAGCUCGUCUUCUGGACGAUGAGGAGGAGGAUGAUUUCUACAAAACAUCCUACGGUGGAUUCCAGGAGGCAGAAGAUGACAAAGAUUACGAACAAAAAGACGAGGAGGAUGAUGUUGUGGAUUCGGAUUUUAGUAUUGAUGAGAAUGACGAACCGGUGUCGGAUCAGGAGGAAGAACGCGUGACACGGAAGCGUCGGGGUGUGGUCACGAAGGCAUACAAGGAGCCCGUGAAGAAGCAACCGGUAGCAAAAGACAAAAAGGCAGCAUCCGCCAAGCCUGUGCAGAAGAAAGCCGCCAAGCCAAAAGGUGUGGAGAAGCGACAUCCGAAAUUCACAGUAAUCGAUUCCGGGAGGAAAUCCUUCAGGAGAUCCACAGCACUCAAAUCUGCCGCCACACAGCAUCGACUGAAGCAAUUGAAUGAGGCGAAGAAGCACAAGAAGGUUGUUGUGAAGACGGAAGAGUGGAUUCCGACGCAGGAAGAGCUCCUGGAGGAAGCUCUCGAGACGGAGAAGGAAAACCUCAAAUCGUUGGAAAAGUACCAAAAGAUGGAGCUUGAGAAGAAGAAAACACGCCCAACGAAGAGAGCCUUCACAGGACCCAUAAUUCGCUACCAAUCCGUCUCCAUGCCACUCAUUGAGGAGCUCUCAAUUGAUCUCACCCCCGUGAAGGCGGAAGAGGAGCCCGGAGAGACGGAUGUGACGAUGAAGUUCAAGUCAAAGCGCAAAACGGCAAAUUCCCGGGCUGCUGCCAAGACGGGGCCAAGAGUUGAGAGGACAUUCAUAACAUUUGAGAAUGAUAUUGAUAACAAAGUGUUCGAAAAGUACUUUCCGGGUACGAAGAAGAAGCCCCACAGGAGUCGCAUUUGCCCCAUAACCCACCUCCCGGCGCGAUACUUUGACCCCGUGACUAAGCUGCCCUACCGGAAUUUGUCGGCGUUCAAAAUCAUCCGAGAGGGCUACUACCGGCAGCUGGAGGAGAAGGGGAACCCCGAAAAUCCCGAAAUUGCCAAAUGGCUGCAGUGGCGGAAGCAGGUCAAGGAGCAAAAGCAGAAAAAUAAUAAAACACAAAAGAGCAGUUGAAUUGAACUGCAUAAAAAUCAUAAUUUUAAAUAAAAAAUAAAGCAUGUCGGAA